AUGACCACUCGUGGUCUAUCAACCCCGGAUUCUUUGCCGACAUUCCGUGAGAACCGGUACCGCCGCGGAGAAGCAUUCAUACUCGCUUCCAUUCUGGCUGUGGCCCUCGAUCUCUUCCUCCUGGAACCCCACGAGCUAGGUGCGAACCAACGCCUGGACAACUUCGUUCCUCUCGAAAUUGAUCUUAGUUCCACGACUGUUUCCCAGCUCGGAUGCUUCCUCGUCGAGAGCGUCUUCGAUAUCGUGUCUGAUCAGGCCCAGCCUACCAUUUCUUACAACUACGAGUUGUUCGAGGGCUUCGUCAAGGGAAUACUCGCAUCUUUGGUCACCAACGAUGGCUUCUUCAACUGCCCUACUCUCAGCUUUGUUAGGCCGGGUGAGAAUACAGCUCGAUCGUCUCAUGGAAGUCAAAGCUCUCAAGGAUUUCUGAUCAAUGUGACUAUCCUGGCAUUGGCAUCAAGUCUGACUCUCCAAUCGUCUGAAAGGCAAGGGAGAGUGAUCUCAAGAGGUCGGUAG